GGAGAGGAUCCAUCCUCUGGAUGCUGCUUCAGACAACAUGAUCGACUACGAGCGUCCCUCUCCAUUAGGCUUCGGGCCGGCGGGGAGGAGUGUGUUGGUUCCUGAGCUCCCGGCGCACACACAUAAUAUGCACACACUGACAGCCAUGCCUCAGAGAUACUCCCACCAGAGGAGGAAAGCCAGCACGGCGGCGGCUCGGAGGAUGGAGAGGAGACGCAGGGAUCAGGGCGAGAGCAGCAGCGAGAGCCCGGCCGGCAGCCACGGCCACCGCUCCAGGAAGCUGGCCAUGCUCUCCAGGUCCCUGAUCCUGUGUCACUCCAAGACGAAUGACGACUGUCCAGAGGAGUGUCGCGCCGGCGAGGUUUCUGAGGGGAGCAGGACGUGGGGCUCCAGCUGGAACUCCAACCACAUGGCAGGGGAUCACACACCGUACAGAGACGCCCAGAACGGACAGUGGAGGACGGACACACACUCACCUGUGGAGGGGAGGGGAGGCAGUGACGCAGACAACCAGCAGCUGACCAGCCCACUCAGGGAGAGCAAGAGGAGCAUCAGGAGGUCCUUCAGCAUCAAGGAGAGCAGCAUCUGGAGGAUGUGUGUAGCCACAGCGCCCACAGACGAGGUACGCGGACCACAAAUGGCUGAUAACAGCGUCCAGACGGAGGACAAAGACUCUAAUGUGGAGCCGGGGAGGAACGGAGGGAACCUGCACAGACACUGCAGCUUCCUGAGUCCAGACAAGAUGGCGCCCUUUAACGGGCAGCUCUUAAGCAGCUGUGCUUGGCUGGACGAGGAUGGAGUGAGAAGCUCUCACGUUAGAGCUUAUCAUGAGGACAUUUCCUCAUGUGACGAUAAUCUCCAUCCAAACGGUGUGACCACAAGCCCUCAGCUCUUUUCUCCUCAUCUGUCACUUCCUGGUUACACCGAAGAAGAACUCAUGGCCAAUAACAACCACCUGAAGGAAGUGUGUGUGUCUCAGUUACCCAUCCCGGAGGUGAACGAGGAGAGAUGCUGGGAUGCAGAGAAGAGCGAUCAAAGCCCGACAGAGCAGGACAGUAGCAGAACACGCUCCAACUCGACCAGCGUUCACCCCUACUGGAUCGGGGAUCUGGACACCAUCAUCAUGAAGACCCCGGAUCUUUACACCAGUCAUCCUCAUGGGAACGGCGGCCUGUACGGAAACAGGAAGUCUCUGUCGCAGCAGCUGGAGUUCCCUCAGUCCACAACACAGCCCGUGCACCGUCCCUCUCGCUCUCUCAGUUCGGCUCAGCUGGUCAACUCCUGCAGCAACGUUCAAGCCUUCAUCAUCUGUAACAUCGUGCUGAUGAAGGGCCAUGGGAAGGGUCUGGGCUUCAGCAUCGUUGGGGGGAAGGACAGCCUGUACGGACCGAUGGGGAUCUACGUCAAAACCAUUUUCCCUGCCGGAGCAGCUGCUGCUGAUGGUCGGCUGCAGGAGGGUGAUGAGAUCUUGGAGCUGAACGGUGAAUCUCUUCACGGUCUGACUCACGAUGAAGCUUUGCACAAGUUCAAACAGAUCAAGAAGGGGCUGCUGACCCUGGUGGUGCGGACCAGCCUGCGAGUGGGGGCGCCGUGCGGCCAGUCCCCGGCGGCGCCGCUGUGCAGGUCGCGCUCCCUCAGCUCCACCACGGCCAUGGCCCGGAUCAGCGCCGACAUGGGAGACUACAACUACCUGAACGCGUGCAACAACCCGGCCAGCGUCCCGGGCCAGCCGGCGAAGCCCGGAGACCGCGUGGUGAUGGAGAUCUGCCUGCAGAAAGAGGUGGGUGUGGGUCUGGGAAUCGGACUGUGCUGCGUCCCCUCUGGUGACGGAUGUCCUGGGAUCUACAUCCACACCCUGUCUCCUGGAUCUGUGGCUCACAUGGACGGCCGACUCCGGUGUGGAGAUGAGAUUAUGGAGAUCAACGACACAGUGGUCUACAGCAUGGCGCUGAACGACGUCUACACGGUCCUGAGCCAGUGCACUCCAGGUCCAGUCCACAUCAUCAUCAGCCGCCACCCAGACCCCAAAGUAUCGGAGCAGCAGCUGAAUGAUGCCAUUGCUGAAGCAGUGGAAAACAGCAAGCUGAGGAAGGACAAGAGCCAGUGGAGCAUCGACGGUUUGAGGAGGCUGGAGUCGUGCGCUCACAGCCGGCAGAGAUGUGAACGCUGCCUGGAGCGAAGUUUCAGCCAGAUGACAGUUCGACGGGCGCAGAAGACCGUUAUGACGCGUUCCUGCAGCGACAACACCAACAACCGCUGCCUCAGUGUCCACGCGCACCACGCCCACCACAAUCACCACGCCCACCACGCCCAGUACGCUCAGCACCACAACCCUUCAACCCGAGUCCACAGCCUGGACACACCGAAGUGUGUGACGGAGGUGACGUGGUCCGAAAACAGACUGUCGGUGCCGGUGUAUCCAGAUGAAGACUACAACAUCCCGUACAACUCUCCCUCCGUCAGCCUCUCCAGUCCACAGAGCCUGAAUCUGAACCACAGGGGCAACAAGUCCAGCUGCAGACUGCGAGCUGCGUCUCGGCGGCACUGCAGACCUCAGGAUGUGAACAAUGAGGAGGGAUAUAACGGAGACUCCAGCGGCUCCAGCAGAGGGUCUCCAGUCAGAGACGAAGGACAAGAGGCCCCGUCACACACCAGCUGCCAGGAAGAAGAACGAUUAAAAGAAGACCUAGAAGAAGGAUUGUCUCAUCCAGACGCUGCAGCGCGCACCAGCAACCAAGUCCGCACCGGUGAUUCAGGAGUCGCUCUCUGCUCGCAGCCGAAGAGAGCUCUGAGGAGACAGGCUUGCGUUAAACAGCCCAGCCACGAACCCCUCCUGGACCCCUGGGUUCGCCUCUCACACAGCUCCCUGGAAGAGCUGCCCGAGCUCAGCCCUCGACACACCGCAGCAAGCACCCGGCCCUUCACCAUCCGCUGCUUCCCCGCUGCCAUGGCCGACGAGGGAAACGCCCCCGAGCUCAACGGCACGGCCGCAGACGCGACCUCAGAGCCGCCGACUGGUCUGGCUCCCGACGAAAUGUCCGAGACUCCCCCGGGUCCCAAGAAAGCCCCCCCGGUGGCGCCCAAGCCGGCGUGGUUCCGUCAGAGCCUGAGGAAAAUCCGGGACGAGCAGGACCAGAGGAGGAACGGUAAUCCCUCGGAGCAGAGGCCCGCGGCUGGCUUCACCCGAAGCUUCGGAAGCAGAUCGGCUUCAACUGCUGCCAACCUGUCCAUCAAACAAAAGAUUCACUCCUUUGAGACUUUUUCCACUCCAGAGAGUUCAGAAAAAGCUGCGCACAAGAAGCCUGCUGCUCCUUCUGCCUCUCUUUCACCGAUGGAAUCCAGAAGUCUCGGCUCCGGAGAUCACGAGAGGAGAAACCGUGAAUUACCCAAAGAGAUCCAGCUGACAGCGCAGAGCUCUGCCGACCCGAACACAGCCGCCUCUGAAUCCUGCAGUCAAGCCACAGCCAAAUCCUGUCAGGAUGAGCUUCCUGCUAUCGCUGAUCUCCCACCUUCUGACACUGAUCCACAGACUGAGGGUUCAGCGUCAGCCUUACAGCAGUCUGAGCCUCCACACAUGGUCCUCAGCAGGUCCCCGGAGCCCCAAAUCCUUCCUCCUGCACCGGAUCCGAAACCCGAGCACCCUCUGGAGAUGGACGCUUCAGAAGGAACGGAGUCGGGAGCAGAACAGGGGAACAUAAAGCUGCAGGAGUCGGCUCACAGUACCGCUCCCCCCUCAGAGAGUACGACUCCCAGAGACCCAGAGGCAGAGGGCUUCGGGAAAAUCCUCGCCUUCAGUAAUCAGGUGUCUCAGGCUCUGCUGCGCUCUCUGGCCUCCUCCCCAUCGGACCCCGAGUCGGGCCUCCACCUCCCCGACAGAGGAUUCUCCGUCAGCCUGGCGGCGCUCAGGGCCUGCGCCAUCGAGCGGGGGGAGGGGGGGCGCCACCCAGACGCCUCGGCUCACUCCGUCGUCUCCGCCCUGCCCACACAGGAAGUUGACAGCGUGAUUCAGGAAGUCAGAGUGCUCGAUGAGGACACUCUGAAGCAACUGGAGGACGUCCAUGUUGUGACUCUGCACAAAGAGGAAGGCGAGGGUCUCGGCUUCAGCAUCGCCGGAGGCUGCGACCUGGAGAACAAGGCCCCCACAGUCCACAAAGUGUUCCCCAGUGGCCUGGCGGCUCAGCAGGGCUCCAUCCAGAAAGGAGACCAGGUUCUAUCUGUCAACGGACAGACUCUGCACGGCCUCACGCACAUCGACGCCGCCGCCGCUGUGCGACAGGCCCGCGGCCCCAAGCUCGCCGUGGUGGUGGUCUGCAGGAGAGCCGGGGAGCCGGGGCCGGAGGGCGGAGAGGGGGGCCGGGGGCGGAGCCUCGAGUCUGGCCCCACAGUGGAGCAGUGGGGAGCGCCGCUCACGCUGGAGCUGCUGAAAGGAGCCGGGGGGGUCGGCUUCACUCUGGAGGGAGGAAAAGGCUCCAUCCAUGGAGACAGACCUUUAGUCAUCAACAGGAUCUUCACAGGCGGAGCGGCCGAGCUGGGCGGGCUGCGGUCCGGCGACGAGCUGCUCACGGUUCAGGGACUCAGCCUGCAGGACAACACUCGCUUCGAAGCCUGGAACAUGAUCAAGGCUUUACCCGAGGGGCCCGUCACCGUGGAGAUCAGGAGGAGGGACGCCGGCUCGGAGUGAGAACAGCUGAAGGAAAGACCGUCACAACGAAGACGCCAAAACUAAGACGGGAACAAACGGCGCUGGGAGCGUUGACACAACUCUCAGAAUCAGUGCUUCAGCACGUUCGCUGGGAGGAUCACUUCUUAGAUUUUAUUAAAAGGAGAUAAAAUACAUUUAUAUUUAAGGUCAAUACAGGUGAUCACUUUUACUGAUCCCUCUGCACACAUGCACAGGCUUUCUCUGUGCGGUUUGCAUGUUCUCCCUGAGGAGCCUGCAUCUGGUCAGAUUGAGCAAAUACACAAAGUAUUGAGAGGAGGGUGAUAAUCGUGUGAACAAAUAAAGAGUAUUGUCUAUUUGUUUUAGGGUGUGUACGUUCUUUUAAUAAAUCACAGCUAACUCAAUGCUUGCUCUCUGAUUUAAAAGGUGGUCAAAGUCACAUUUUUCAACAAGCCAACAGGUGCCUUUUUAUUCUGUCCGAGCCUAUUUUGGUCUUUAAAUUAACAACCUCUUUACACAAAAUUCUGUGGUACCGUAAUUUAAGUAAAGAAUAUUUCAGAGUACUUCAAUUGUGCUGCUCCAAAUGUGAACCCAAACUCCUGCAGUAAGGAUAGAACAGACUGGAGGAUGAAUCACAUUUAACUGUUUGGUAUCAGUUUAGUUUUUCCUCAUUAAAAUUAGUAAUGUUUGAUUUCUGUCCUUCAAAACGUGAUUUCUUGAAGACGUCACAUCUAAUGUUAAAACUAGUCACAAUCUAUGUCCCCCCCUCAUAUGGAUUGAAACACAUAAAUGCAUUUUAAAUUCCAUCGCCAAUCCCUGCUAUUAGUCAUUAUCGUAAUAUUAUCAAUAUAAAAUCUGUUAUAUUGACAGAUAUUUCAUUAAUUCCAAAUGUAAUUCUUAAUUAAAAUUGUAAUACAAUAUGGUCUCCUUUCUUAUUCAGAAUUGCAUUUGUCAAAAGAUGCAACAAUUGCAACUGUUUCCUGCACUAUGCAUGUAUUUUUUUCCUCUCAAUCAUUUCUACUCAUGUCUGUUUCUCACACGCAGUUUGCGUGUAUGAGAAAACCCACAUGUGCAAAGGGAGAACAUGCAAUCUCCACUCAAAGGCUUCAAACGAAUUCAAAUGGAAAACCCUCCCAGGAUUGCAGGUGUAGCUGCUAUGUUCUCUAUUUUCAUCCAUACAAACUGAUGUAUGCAAAAAAUGUACUGUUGCGUGCAACUUCUCAAGUAAAACCGUUUGUUUUUUCUUCAAAUACAGCAGCGGUGAAACUUGUCAGCUGGUUUGAAAACACUUACCUUCAUUAAUAAGAAUUCCUGAAUAUUGUCACGGGAGGGAGCUUCAUCGAACUGAGGCAGCAGUUUACUCCACUUCAAUUUGCACAAGACGCAGAAACGGACUUUAACACGUUCAUUAAAUAUGUAUGAUAUAUAAAAAUAGACCUAAAAAAUAAAAUGUCACUUAUAAAUGAGGGAAUUCUUAAUGUCAGAGAAUAAAUAUCUAUUUUUAUCAUAUUUAUGUGACCGAUGAGGUUCGUACACUUUUUACGACUCGGCAGCUUGUUGUUUACAAGAAUCACAUCAGUGUUGAAAAACUGCACUCAGUCGUAUUUAUCCACUAAACACUGACAUUGUGAGCAAGUGAGUCAGUCUGACGGGCGAAUGGCUUCAUUUCAGGUUAUAUACAACAAAAACUAUGUAAUUUAACACAAAUAGAGAAGAUUGAGGUUUUAAAUACGCAUAUAUUUAUCAGAAUAUCACUAUUUCUCUAGUUGGUUUGCUUCAUUUUGACAUUUUCAGCCCCAUUCAGCCUUUUUUCUCAACAAUUGAAAACUACAUGAAUACAGAUUGUAGCAGGAUCUUAUUUUUUUUUUUAAAUUCUGCUCCUACCAGAAAAGAUUUUUUUUUGCUUUAUGUUUCACUCUAACCUCAGAAUCAUCUGUAUCAUGAAGAAUCCCUGUUUCCACAGUUUAUCUGCUGUAAAGAUUUCAAGAGGAACUCAAUAAAAAAGUUGAA